GGGGCGGUGGGACGGGACGAGAUGGAAGAGGAGACGGAUGGGGUAGCUCUCGGUCAGCGUCGCCCGUGAGCCCGGCAGGAUCGGAGCAAGCGCCAUCUUCAUCCUAUUUAUAGCGGGAGCAGCAGGCCGGGAGAGAGCACGGCAGCAGCGGGAAAGGCGUCGGGCUGCCCCUGCACAGCCCUCGCCUGCCCGCUGCGCUCUGCCCUGCGCUCAGCCAGCCCGGCUGCACCUGCACCGCCUCACUGCGCCAGCCCGGCAUGGCAGAAGGCAGGAGCGACCCCCAGCCCGGAGACCUGAUCGAGAUCGACCGGCCAGGUUACCAGCACUGGGCCCUCUACGUUGGGGACGGAUAUGUCAUCAACGUCACACCUGUAGAUGAAGGAGCCCCAUCUCUGUUGGUGAGCACCACAUCUGUAUUCACCAAAAAGGCCAAGGUGAAGAAGCAGCUCCUGAAGGUGGUGGUGGAAAAUCAUAAAUGGCGUGUCAACAACAAGUAUGACCGCACCCGCACUCCUUUCCCUGUGAAGGAGAUCAUCCGGCGUGCUGAGCAAUGGAUUGACAGGGAGGUGCCAUAUGAUGUGCUUACCAGCAACUGUGAGCACUUUGUGACCAUGCUGCGCUAUGGAGAAGGAGUCUCAGACCAGGUCACAAAAGUAGUAAUUGGUACUACAGCAGCUGUAGGAGGUAUCCUUCUUGCUGGCCUUGCCACUGCUGUUGUGAAGGGCUUGUUUGGGGACUCGUCCAAGAGAGAGAGAAAGUACUACUGAUGGGCUGUCAGGAAGAGCUCAGAGCAAGGCAGGGGGAUCUCCUGGCCAUAGCAUUCACUGAUCAGCUUUUGCUGCACCUGCCAUCAAGGCUUCCUAGCAACUCUGCCACCUUUGCUGCAAUCAUUAAAUAAUAUUAAUAUAACAAUAAAUAAUUAAUAUUUAAUUAAAUAAAUUGUCAGAAAUACAAA